CCUUCUAAGAAAGUACUUAUUUCUUUUAUUUACGUCGUAUUAAAUGUGAGUUAUAAUGUAUCGAUAAAUAUUUAAGAAUAUCGAAAAGCCAAACAAACAAUAUACAUUUACAGUAUUGUUUAGAAAAGUAUAACCUCGAUGUCCCUGUACAUUCAUGGCCUAUUUGAAGUUUUCCUUAUAAUACGUAAAAGAAGAAAUUAUUUGAAUACUUGAUUAAUAAUAAUUUAUUACGAUGGAGGUUGAAAAUCAAAGUGGAGAAGAUGGCGAUGAAAUUAGUGAGGUUAUUUCUAUGCAAUCUGAGUCUAGUAUUUUACAAAAGGCUGCAGAAGACAUAAAAAAGUUAGUUAAAAACAAUGCAACUAGCAAAAAUUUACCAAAAGAAAAUGAAUCGAAAGGAAAUCCUGAACAACUACCUGAAAGCAGUAUUUUAAGAGCAAGAUUACAAGAUCAAGUUCGAACUGGGGAAAUAACACCAUUUCAAGCUGCUAAAAAGGAAAAAGAUACCAAGAAUGUUUUAGGGAGAACUCUUAAAGAAUCUACACAACUUCUAGAUCUAGAAAAGUAUCUGUUUAGACAAGCAGAACUUGCUAAACAGAAGAAACUUUUGAAAAAAAAUAAAAUUUCUCAAAAUGAAAAAGAGAAAAGUAACAUUCCUACUAAGAAAAUGAAAAUGGUAGAAUCUAAUGUUGCAGAGAGAAAGAAAAAUAAAUCAAUCAAUUCAAAGAAUCAGCAUUCUAAAAAAUCUGAAACAAUUACAUCCAAAACGCAACAAUGUUCUACACCUAUGGAUUUAGAUCUGCCUUCCGCAUUAGAUUGUGUUGUGGAAGAACAUGAAAAUAACUUAGAUAGUAAUAUUCAUGAUUUAGAAAGCUCAACUGAAACGAGCAAUACUCUUAUUCAUGAGCAGGUAUCUAAAGUUAGAAAAAGUUUCAAUUUAGAUGAAGAGGAAAGUGAAACUGGAAGUGAAUAUGUUCCCAGUGAUGAAUAUGAUUCAGAGGAAGAGACUGCUAAGAAAUCGGAAAGAAGAAAGAAAAGCAUCACGUCCAAGCAAAGUUCACGUGUAAAAAGAGUUCUAGACGAUGGAGAUGAAGAUAUUUAUAGGCAAAGGGUAGAGCAAAGUGAUUACAAAAAAAAUGAGCCCCUGCACAAGGUAGAUAAUUUGUUUAAAGUUCCAUUACGCGUAUGGAAACAUCUUUAUAAAUAUCAAAAAGUAGCAGUCAAAUGGAUGUGGGAAUUACAUUCACGAAAUUUAGGAGGCCUAUUAGGAGAUGAAAUGGGUUUAGGUAAAACUGUUCAAGUUAUAGCAUUUCUAGCAGGACUAGACUGCAGUGAUUUACUGUCUGAUGGAGGAAGAUUUAGAGGUUUAGGACCCUCACUUAUUGUUUGCCCAGCCACUUUGUUAGAACAAUGGGUAAAACAUUUUCAUGAUUGGUGGCCUACCUUACGUGCAGUAAUCUUGCAUCAAUCUGGUACUUUCCAAGGGGAUAUUGAUGAACUGUUGCAUACAUUAAAAGAUGGUGGAAUACUAGUUACGUCUUAUACUGGAGUUCUGAUACACAAAGAACCAUUAUUGAAGUUUAAAUGGCAUUAUGUCAUACUAGAUGAAGGUCACAAAAUCCGAAACCCAGAUGCAAAAGUAAGCAAAGUUGUAAAAGCAUUUUUAACACCACACAGAAUUCUUUUGACUGGAAGUCCUAUGCAAAAUUCCCUGAAAGAAUUGUGGUCGCUGUUUGAUUUCAUUCUACCUGGUAAACUUGGUACGUUACCUGCGUUUAUGGAACAUUGCGCAGGUCCUAUUACCCGAGGUGGAUAUGCUAAUGCCAGUCAAUUGCAAGAGGCAACAGCUCUUCAAGUCGCGACAAUGUUAAAAGAUGCUAUUACACCGUACAUGCUCAGAAGAACGAAAUUCGACGUUCAACAUCAUGUCAGCUUGCCUGACAAGAAUGAACAAGUAUUAUUUUGUAGUUUAACAGAAGAACAAAGACAAUUGUAUAUACAAUACUUACGAUCAGAUGAUGUUUCUUUCGUUAUACACGAACGACGGGAAGGUGGAAGGUACAGAGCUAGACUUCUUGUGGCACUGACGGCGCUUCGAAAAAUUUGCAAUCAUCCUGACUUGUUUUUAUACACUGAUAAUAAUCAAGAAGAAUCUGAUGAAGAUGCUGCAUUAGAAGUGGAUGAAAAUGAAAUGGAAAAAUUUGGUCACUGGAAAAGAGCCGGUAAGAUGACGGUUGUUCGUUCAUUGUUGAAAAUCUGGAAAAAACAAGGUCAUCGAGUUCUUUUAUUUACUCAGAGUAGACAGAUGAUGCACAUUUUAGAAGGGUUAUUACAAAAAGAAAAAUACAAUUAUUUGAGAAUGGAUGGCACUACUCCAAUGGGUCAGAGACAGCUAACAGUUACAAAGUUUAAUCAAGAUCCUUCUUACUUUGUAUUCUUGUUAACAACAAGAGUUGGAGGUCUUGGAGUUAAUUUGACUGGAGCUAAUAGAGUGAUCAUUUAUGAUCCAGAUUGGAAUCCAGCAACUGAUGCACAAGCAAGAGAAAGAGCUUGGAGAAUUGGCCAAGAAAAAAGUGUAACAGUUUAUAGGUUGAUUACUGCUGGAACUAUUGAAGAAAAGAUGUAUCAUCGACAAGUGUUCAAAAUACUUCUUUCCAACAAAGUUCUUGAGGACCCUCGACAACGUCGUUUAUUCCGAACAACAGAUUUAACUGAACUUUUUAAUUUAAACGAACCAAUCAGCGGUGGAAGUAGUGAAUCUGAUCAAUUGUUUCGAGAUUCUAAAUUGUCUCCUAAUCAAUCUAACUUUUCUUCAAGUAAAAUCGAAGCAAUGAAAAAACUUGCAGCAGCACUUAGCAAGAAAAUUGGUGAGAAAGCAAAUAAUAAAACUGAUACUGCUAAAGAUAAAACUAAAGAGCAAAAUUCAAACGCUACAACAUCUAAAGACGAACAAAAAAUAAGUGAUUCAAGUUUGAAUUCAAGUUCUGUUGGUGAGAAUAAAGACGUCUCGGUUGAUUCUGUACAUAAUAUUACUGAUACCAAAGAAUUUGAUAACACAGUGCAUGAAGAUGAUGCAAACGAAAUUGAAGAUAAGAAAAAUGAAAGCUGUAAUUUAAAAACGAUAGAUCAAGAAUCAUUGGUUACUGAGGAUGAUAAAGUAGACCACAAGUCAGCAACAAUAAAAAAGAAAGAACUCAAACAAAUCGGACCAAAAAUGAAUAGUACUGAAGAAGAUGUUGAAGAGGGAGAAAUUGUUGAGGCGUCAGGAAAAUCUACUUCUAAACUGAACAAAAAAUCCUCUGGCAAUGCGAAAAAAGUUAAAGCUAGUAAGCAUCAAAAGGCUCAUCGGAAACACAAAAAACAUAGAAAAAAUAAGGAAAAAGUAGAAGAUUCAGUUUCAGCAAUGUUUGAAGGAGAACGCGUUUCUUGUUUAAUCGGCCGUCGCUUGGGCAAGUCUAAAGAACCAGAUCCAAUAGCAACUGCAGAUGAUCAGUAUGUACUGUCAAAAUUAUUUUCGAAAGCAGCUGUCAGUUCUGCUUUUCAACACGAAUCAGUGUUGUCAAAUGCUGUACUUAAUCCUGAAGAAGAAACACCAUUACAAAGAGCUGCAAAGUCGACGGCAUCUGAAAAAAUGGACUGCAUUAGGCAGUCGCGAAAAUGGUGUUGGAAGCCUAGUUGGGAUAAACCUCCCGAAGAACAGUAUGAUGAUGACGAUUAACAAGUCUUUAUUUAUCGUUCUGUUUAUAUUUGUACAAAGUCCUUUUGUAUGUUUUUGUAUUAUAAAAUAAUGUGUAGUUGUAAUGUAAAUUGUUCAGUAUUUUUAUAUUAUCUUUUAUAUUGUAAACACAAAAAUAUAAAUAAUUUAUCAUUUUGUAAAACUAUUUCCAUAACACUUUAAAUAAAAAUACUCAUAAAGUAUAUAGUAAACGGUCUUAAAUAAUCUUAGUUUCAAAGGAAAAAAUUAAUGAAAAUUUAUUUCGCUUAACACGGCGACUCAAACGUAAUGUUUACAUUAUUUUUUUCCGCAGACUUUUUAUGCAUAACUCUACAAACAAUUUUAUAACUACAGUCAAAAUUUACAACGACCCU